ACAGAAAAAGAGAGAACGGGAGAAGGGAAGGGAGGGAGGCCCGGCCGGCAGCGCAAGCCAGGAGCCUUGGCCCUGCCUGAUCCUUAGCCCCGCUGCUGGAGGCGGCUGGCCCUGGCUCCCCGGCGGCUCCCUGGCAUGUGAGCGGGCAGGGCUGCGGGCGCUGCCGGCCCCUCACGGCCUCCUGUGCGUGCAUUUCCUCGCCGGCACGCACAAACACAGCCCAGGGCUCGCCUCCGCCUGGACUGCAGACAUGAGACUCCAGCUGCUGCUUUGGGUGGUGGCUGUGCUCCUGGCGAGCCUCCUCCCAGCCUCCGGACAGCGGCCAGCCAACCUGGCCCUGCGCAGGAAGCUCCACCGGCACGGCUGCUCCCACCGGCGCUGCGUGCCGCUCCACUCCAGGGUGCCCUUCCCCUGAGCCCCGGCGGAGCGCGGCCAG